UGUCGAGCAACGGGUAUUCGAUUCGCAGCUGAUGUAGGCAACCCUUACUUGGAUUGAGCCAAACAAGUGAAGCAUGGUACAUUCUGCAAAGCCAUAUCUGAACAGUUUACUUGUUUCCGAAUUUCUGGAAGUAUUACAACUGGAAAAAACUGCCGCGGUCUCGAUUUUGCUGUACCCACGGUCAUGAGGUCCUCUUCAUCGCGAUUAUCGAGUUUUUCUUCCAGGGAUUCUCUUUGGAAUCGGAUGCCGGAUCAGAUAUCGGUGUCCGAGUUUCUCUCGGAGACAACGGAGGAUUACAACUCCCCCACUACAUCAAGCUUCACCACCCGAUUGCAGAACUGCCGAAACACGGUCAACGUCCUGGAAGAGGCGUUGGAUCAGGAUCGCACCGCCCUGCAGAAGGUCAAGAAGUCUGUCAAAGCCAUCUACAACUCGGGUCAAGACCAUGUGCAGAAUGAGGAGAACUAUAGCCAGGCGCUGGACAGGUUCGGCAGCAACUUUAUCAGCCGGGACAACUCUGACCUGGGGACGGCCUUCAUCAAGUUUUCCGGCCUCAUCAAGGAGCUGGCCGCACUGCUCAAGAACCUGCUCCAGAGUCUGAGCCACAAUGUGAUCUUCACCCUGGACUCUCUGCUGAAAGGGGACCUAAAGGGAGUCAAAGGGGACAUAAAGAAGCCCUUUGACAAAGCCUGGAAGGACUAUGAGACCAAGUUCACAAAGAUUGAGAAGGAGAAGAGGGAGCACGCCAAGCAGCACGGAAUGAUCCGGACAGAGAUCACCGGCGCUGAGAUCGCAGAGGAGAUGGAGAAGGAGCGGCGCAUCUUUCAGCUGCAGAUGUGCGAGUAUCUGAUCAAAGUAAAUGAGAUCAAGACUAAGAAGGGAGUUGACCUGCUUCAAAACCUCAUUAAGUACUACCACGCUCAGUGCAAUUUCUUUCAGGACGGUUUGAAAACGGCUGACAAGAUGAAGCAAUACAUCGACAAGCUCGCUGCUGACCUCUACAAUAUCAAGCAGACUCAGGACGAGGAGAAGAAGCAGCUGACCGCUCUGAGGGACCUUCUCAAGUCGUCUCUGCAGCUGGACCAAAAAGAGUCUAGGAGAGACUCCCAGAGCAAGCAGAGUGGCUACAGCAUGCACCAGCUACAGGGCAACAAGGAGUUUGGCAGUGAGAAGAAGGGCUACCUGCUGAAGAAGAGUGAUGGCCUGCGUAAGGUGUGGCAGCGCAGAAAGUGCUCUGUGAAGAACGGCAUCCUCACCAUCUCCCACGCCACGUCAAACAGGCAGCCAGUCCGGCUCAACCUGCUGACGUGCCAGGUCAAACCCAGCGGGGAGGACAAGAAGUGCUUCGACCUGAUCUCUCACAACCGCACAUAUCACUUCCAGGCAGAGGAUGAGCAGGAGUUUGUGAUCUGGAUCUCUGUGCUGACCAACAGUAAGGAGGAGGCUCUGAACAUGGCCUUUCAGGGUGGCCAGAGCACCGGAGAGGACACCAUGGAGGACCUGACCAAAGCCAUCAUAGAGGACGUACUACGCAUGCCCGGCAAUGAAGCCUGCUGUGACUGUGGGGCUCCUGAGCCCAAAUGGUUGUCCACAAACUUGGGCAUCCUGACCUGCAUUGAGUGCUCCGGAAUCCACCGGGAGAUGGGGGUGCAUAUCUCCCGCAUUCAGUCCAUGGAGCUGGACAAACUAGGGACCUCAGAACUCUUGCUGGCCAAGAAUGUAGGGAAUAGCAGUUUUAAUGAGAUUCUGGAGGGGAAUCUUCCCAGCCCUUCCCCAAAGCCCACACCAACCAGUGACAUGACUGAGAGGAAGGAGUACAUCAACGCCAAGUACGUGGAGCACCGUUUCGCGCGGCGCACAGCCUCCACUGCGACAGCGCGACAGGGUGACCUGUACGAGGCGGUGCGGACGCGGGACCUGCUGGCCCUCCUCCAGCUGUACGCGGACGGCGUGGAGCUCACUGACCCCUUCCUAGAGGCAGGCCAGGACCCUGGGGAAACCGCUCUACACUUUGCUAUCCGAACAGCAGACCAAACGUCUCUUCACCUGGUGGAUUUCCUCGUCCAGAACAGUGGGACUCUGGACAGGCAGACUGACAGUGGGAACACAGCUCUCCACUACUGCUGCCUUUAUGAGAAACCUGAAUGUCUCAAGCUGCUACUCAGGAGCAAGCCAGCCAUUGACAUUACCAACCAGAGUGGAGAGACUGCUAUGGACAUAGCCAGGAGGCUGAAGAGCUCCCAGUGUGAAGAGCCACUUAUGGAGGCUGCUGCAGGCAAGUUCAAUCCGCAUGUUCACGUGGAAUAUGAGUGGAACCUGCGUCUGGAGGAGAUCGAUGAGAGCGAUGAUGACCUGGAUGACAAGCCCAGCCCGGUGAAGAAGGAGCGGUCUCCUCGGCCGCAGAGCUUCUGCCACUCGUCCAGCGUGUCCCCCCAGGAGAAGCUGUCCCUGCCGGGCUCCCUGGGCCACCGCGACAAGCAGAGGCUCUCCUACGGGGCCUUCGCCAACCCCGUCUACAGCACCUCCACCGACACACCGGCCUCUCCCGGCGCAGAUGGACCCACCCUGGUGGGCAGGAGUUCAAGUAAAGGUCCCUCCUCCGGACCCCCCACCUCGCUGCCCCUGGGCUCCCAGUCGUCGGGUGGAGGAAGUGGCACCCUGUCCAAGAAGAGGGCCCCACCCCCUCCCCCGGGGCACAAGCGCACGCAGUCCGACCCCCCCAGCCCUGUGCUGGCCGGCCCGCAGCAGAGCAAAGGCAGUGAGUCCACUCCUCCACCCACCAAUAGGACUUCACCCGCUAACAAGUUUGAGCAGCAGCAGAGCACUACAUCCAGCAACACAAAAUCCACACUUGGUCCAAGGGUUUUACCUAAACUACCUCAGAAAGUGGCGUUGCGGAAGAUCGACACGAUCCACCUCCCCUCAGUGGACAAGCCAGGAGGCCCGGGCCCCGAGGUCCUUCAGAAGCCACUGCAGUCUGUGGAGAGCAGAGGCUCACAGCCGGCCGAGAGACCUCAGCCUGCAGAGAGACAUCCGCCUGCAGAGAGGCCCCAGCCUGCUGAAAGACCCCAGCCAGGGGAGCUGCACCCUAAACCCCAUGUGUUGGACCUCCCACCGAAGCCCCAGCUCUCAGACCUCCCUCCCAAGCCCCAGCUCUCAGACCUGCCCCCAAAACCCCAGCUCUCAGACCUCCCUCCCAAGCCCCAGCUCUCAGACCUGCCCCCAAAACCACAGCUGUCCGACCUUCCCCCGAAACCGCAGCUCAAGGACCUCCCGCCCAAGCCCCAGCUGGCUGACAUGCCUCCGAGACCCUCGCCCUCAGAGACCCCCGCAGCCAGGCAAGCCCAGCACGAGGAAGCCGCCGCGACCACACCGACACCCAGGCAGCAGCAGCAGCAGCAGCACACAGCAGAAGCACAGUCCUCCGGCCAGCAGGAGGAGUUCUCUCCCAGGCAGGCCAGCGAGGACACCAAUGGAGCACCUGCAGGGACAGUGGAGAUGCCAGUGCCGCUGCCACGCAAGCUCAGCACGGUCAAGACCAAAGUCAAGCGGGUGAAGACCAUCUACGACUGCCAGGCGGAUAACGAUGAUGAGUUGACCUUUGCAGAGGGAGAGGUCAUAGUGGUGACUGGAGAGGAGGAUCAGGAGUGGUGGAUUGGACACGUAGAAGGCCAACCCGAGCGGAAAGGGGUAUUCCCCAUGUCCUUUGUGCACAUUCUGUCUGACUGACAGUGUGACCGAACAGUGUGAGGCCUCUCUCUUUCUCUCUCUCUCUCUCUCUCUCUCUCUCUCUCUCUCUCUCUCUCUCUCUCUCUCUCUCUUUCUCUCUCUCACUAGCACAAGCCCUCUCAUUGGCCUCCCACUGGAACUGUGGGCAUAGCCUCUGUACAUAGCUGCUGGAACCCAAACCAAGUCUUCAAGAGCCUGAGACUCAUCCAAGGUGUCAGUCCAGCCUCCCUGCACCUGAAAAGGGUUUAAAUAUGUAUACCAAGUAUGUGUUGUUAAAAUUAAUAAAUGAAAACUGUUAUCCUGCCUACCAGUAUUACCGUAGCCAUAGCGACCCGGCAUGCUGCCAAAACAGGGUUUGCGGUAGCUAUCCAUCGGAAUCUAGCACUUAACAUUUUUCAGUGUAUGCUGUAAACUGUAUGUACGUAUGUGUGUAUACAUAUAGAAGCGAUACGUAUGUCCAUUUCAAACUUGUGUACAUGUACAUAAGAUAUGCACACAUGUUAGUAUAUUUAUGUACCCAUGCACAUCCACUACUGUGUAGCUCUACAGUAUACCACAGCUAACCAGCUGUGCAAGCUGGGAUGUCUGCUCCUUUCAGUUCUGUGGUUUAAAAUAUUGUCUCAAGUAAUCCUAAGAAAGUUCACAUAGGGCCAUUAAGAUUGAAUUAAAUUAAAAUGAAUAUAAAUAUAUAUAUAAAAAUAAAAUGUAUUAUCAAAGUGCUUCAAAAUUCCCACAUGUAAUUAUAGUGGCAUGCUGACCAGGGAAGAAAAUUAACUAUUAUAUUGGAUUUUUAAUCUCUUUAACAUCUCAUAACUCAUAUCCUCUAAACAUGUGAUAAAAUAACAUGAACCACUCAAAGCUUAUCUGGCUUCGUUGCUUGCUUGGUAGUAUUCAGAUGACCAUUCCCUCACUGUAGUGGAUUUUACUGUGUGGUCGAUGGUGCUUCAGCUUCAUUGCUGACCUCAGUGUUGAUCAUUGUGAUCAUUUGGCAGCCCGUACUGCUCUGAUCUCCCUGCAUCCAUUUUCGCAAACCCGCCAAACUGAUGUCAUAACGUGUCCCUGGGGAUGGCUCUAUGUUUCUUGCUAAGGGGUUCUGUUUGGUUCGUUACAACAAGCAUUAACCCUCUGGACAUUAAUGGUAAUGCUUGAAAAACACUGGAAAGCUCACUGGUUUUGACCGUAGGCCUUCCACAACUAACACAAAACCCCUUGACGCAUAGGGUGGUUUUAUUGUGCGGCAUCCACAAUGCAAGGCAGGUACCCACAAUGCAAGGCAGGUACCCACGCUCACGUUUGUUCAGUGCAGGACGUUUAUUUUUUAUUUUUUUAUUUUAUUUUGGUCUCUGGUCAAACUAUACUGUGGAAUGUUUUGUGUUACAUUUUUUUUACAGUUGUCUAUUUUGGUGUGAGAUUUGUUUUUGCAUUCCUGUUUGUUUGGCUUUAUUUGUCUGAGAUUGCAGCAGCGAGUGACAGAAGUUUCAGGAUGACUGAGAAUGACCUCGCUGCUGCCUUUCAGUGUGGCACCAGGCGGGGAGACUGGCUCACACUUUAGGUUCUAUAACAAGUGGUUGGUGUAGUGACAAGAGACAGUGUAUUGGAGAAUGCUUCCUGUAGUCAGUUUGAUGUUUAAGAUAUUUCAAGUGUAGGCAUUUGGUGGGUCAGUAAGAAAGGGAGACACGUACUACCCUCUUAGUGUUGAAAAAAUAAAAUAAAAAAAUACUCUGUUGAAUAGGCUGCCAGCACAAUUUCUAUAACUAAUGGGUAUAAACCACAUAAACAACAGUAACAAUAAAAGAACCAACAUGACAAAAGUUUUUAGAUCCAUCAGCUACUGUGGUGCUCUGCUUAAUAAAACAGUACCUUUUGAAAAUGUGUAUUUGUCACUGAUGUACCAUUCCUGUAUUGUGUAAAAAAAAAAAACUUCACAAUGAGCCCAUUAUUGGACCAAACGUGUGCCAGUAUUGUUUUAAAGAAGACAUAGGCUUUUCACUACCAGAGACUGAUGAUACAUCAACCUUUGUUCAAUAUGUGUCAUUCAUUUAGGUUAUGUUGGAUCCAGUACAGUGAAAUCAAUGGUCUGUGUGGCUAGAAUUGUUUUACAUGUUUUGUUGUGAAAGAAACUGAAUGAAUCCUAUAUUGUUUUAUUAGGAUGCACGAUUUAUUUCCAUGCAGUCCCAUUCCUUUGAUUUGUCUCUGUGUUUGCUGCACUGUAUGUUUAGUCGAGAAGGAAAUUGCAUUUCGGUUGAGUACAGUAAUAAAGAAUUUACGUUGAAAGCA